CUCCAAAGUUGCUUAAUUGUGUAGGAUGGUUCUGUAACGAAGUUGGUGUGAAUUAUAUAGAUAGGGUGUAUUUCGCAAGCAGCGAUACUUUAUAAUUACGGACGUAGUAGGCCUUUUUUAAUUAUUAAUAGAAAAACGAUGAUGGAUUACACAAUUUGGAGAUACAUUCUUUUGAUUUUUGUAUGGUUUAGAGUAUCAGUGUCCCAAGAAGCCAUAUAUUGUAAAGGAACCAACUGGGAAGAUACAGAAGUCGACAAAUAUGAAGCAGAAGCAAGGUACAGAGAUAUGCGUCAACGAUUUACCAAUUGUACCCAUGUGAAAGGAAAUGUUGAAAUUACCUGGCAGCAAAAUACAUCGCUUAGUUUCUCAUUCCUUGAAGACAUCCGAGAAGUGUCGGGAUACGUGCUUGUCACAAAAUCAUAUUUACCGUAUAUACCACUGCCUAAUUUGACUGUAAUACGAGGCGAAUCAUUAUUCAAAGAUAACGCUUUAUAUGUUUCUUAUAAUUACAACGAAAAUCGUACCGUCACCAAUGAACAGCAGAAUAUCGGAAUACUUCAAUUACAACUUGUCUCAUUACAAGAAAUUCUGAAUGGUGGCGUAUUAAUUUUCAAGAACCACGAGCUCUGCUAUGCAUCAACGAUAGAUUGGUACGACAUUCUGGCCAAUGGGACUGUCCCUGAAGUGACAUACCCUUUCAUACGUUGUAAUGACUGUCAUGCAAGUUGCAAUGGUAGAUGUUGGGGAGCAGGUCCCGAUAUGUGUCAGAUUUUAAACAAAGUAGUAUGUCACUCAUCCUGUGGAAACCGUUGUUUUGGACCCGGUGCUGACGAAUGCUGCGAUUCCAACUGUGCUGGUGGAUGUACGGCAUCUGGACCUGACAACUGCUUGGCUUGCCGUAAUAUACUCAACGAGGGAAAAUGCGUUGAGACAUGUCCAGAGGGUUUGGUCAUUGAGGAGGGUAACUGCGUGUCUGAAUGUCAAGCUGGUUGGACGGCUAAGGAUGGUGUUUGUGUAAAUUGUGGGACGAGCUGUCCAAUUACUUGUAAAGGCAUUGACACUCUGGGAUAUGAAUAUGUAAAUGACAGGAACAUUGAUUCAUUUAAACAUUGCACGGUAGUGGAAAACAACAUCGUCAUCUCUCAGAAAACAUUAAAGGGGGAUUUCUUUCAUGGCAUUGAAGAACUCAAAUUGCAUGAAUUAUAUGCACUAAAGGAUGUUGAAGUGAUACAGGGUUACCUAAAAGUAAUUGAUAUUGAGGCCUUAUCGCCUAAAUCCAAGGGAUUACAAAACUUGAGCUUUUUAGGUAAUCUGAAAGAAGUCUGGGGAAAUUCACUGGAUAGUGGCGCUAGCAUUUCAAUCACAAGUACAAAGUCCUUGGAAACGUUGAUGUUGCGUUCCUUGGAGCAGGUGAAAAAUGGCAACGUAGUAAUUAAAGACAAUGAAAAUCUGUGCCUGGUUAACGAGGCGAAGUGGAACAGUGGAAUUUUCGAUAAUCAACAGAACCAACAUAUUGAUAUCUCAAACAACCGGAAUAAUGGUGUUUGUGAUAAUCUUGGAUAUAGGUGUGAUGAUGAAUGUUUGGGUGGAUGCUGGGGUGUUGGUAAUAAUUACUGCUUCCUUUGUCAGAACUAUCAGAUUGAUGGCAGUUGUGUUCCUGCUUGCAAUGCAACUAAAGGAGAAUAUGUUGCAGAUGAAGAGAACUAUUUAUGUGCUCACUGUGAUCCACAGUGUGAUGGUGAUUGUACCGGUCCUGAGCCAUCGGAUUGUGUUGCUUGUAAGAAUGUUUUAGAUUCUGGAAAAUGUAAGGAAGCAUGUCCAGCACACAAGUAUCAGACUACCUCGCAUGAGUGCCUGGAUUGCCAUGAGAAUUGUGUGUUAGGAUGUACUGGCCCCCUCUCCCUGAAGAGCACGGGUGGAUGUGACGACUGCUACGUCAUUGAGCUUGACAUCAAUGAUAACAAUCCAAAAUGUCUUCCAAGGGAAGAUCCUUGCAAUAAUGGUUACUAUGAGGUGCCAGGUGUAGCUGGUGCUAGGCUGUGCCGAGAGUGUCACAGCCUUUGUGCAACUUGUAACGGCACCAGUGAUAACUGCUUAACAUGCAAACUAUAUGACGCUGAUGAUAAAUGUGUGGCGAGUUGCGGGGUGGACUACUUCAAAAACAGUAAAGCAGGAAGAUGCAUGCCAUGUCAUGAACAGUGUAACGGUGGAUGUCUUGGGCCUACAGCAUCUGACUGCAAGGCUUGUGCCACAGCCCAGAUCGAUUUCAGUGGAGGGAAAUUUGAGUGUGUCAGAACAUGCCCAGAAAAUUUGAAGGAUGCUACUUGCGAAGAUGGUUCGGGUAGCUCUGUCGUUGGAAUUGUAGUAGGGCUUGUUACUGCAGUUCUCGCUAUUGUAGGGAUGUUGAUUGUGGUUUUGUACUGCUACUUUAGACGAAAGAAGGAAUCUAAAGAGUAUUAUGAUUUACCAGCUGCAGUUGAAGUUCCGUUACAUGAUGCCAAGUUCAACAGAGUUACUGCUCGUGCAAGUGGACGUGCUCCAAACAAGGCCAAGUUAACAAUCAUUAAGCAGACUGAGAUCAUCAAAGGUGCUGAGCUAGGAGCUGGAGCCUUUGGUACAGUAUACAGUGGUUUUUGGGUUCCUGAGAAUAAGCGUUUCCGUAUUCCUGUUGCUAUUAAAGUUCUUCAGGAUUUGUCACCCUCGUCCAGUGAUGAACUGCUGGCUGAAUCUGGAGUUAUGGCAACUGUAGAACACCGUUGUGUCUUACGUCUUCUAGCUGUCUGCAUGUCAGAGCCUAUGAUGAUGGUGACUCAACUCAUGCCACUGGGGGCACUGUUAGAUUAUGUCAGGAAAAACCAUAAUCAGAUUGGUGCAUACCAUCUUUUGAACUGGAGUAUGCAGAUAGCAGAGGGAAUGGAGUACUUGGAGUCAAAGCAUCUUAUACACAGAGAUUUGGCCGCAAGAAAUGUUCUUGUACAAAGUCCAAACCAAGUGAAAAUUACAGAUUUUGGAUUAGCUAAAUUCCUUGAUGUUGAUGAACAGAAAUUUCUUGCAGAAGGAGGAAAGGUUGCUGUGAAGUGGUUAGCACCAGAGAGCUUAAAGUAUGCUUUGUUUACCCACGAGAGUGAUGUUUGGAGCUUUGGUGUUACAAUUUGGGAGUUGAUGACUUUUGGAACAAGACCAUACGAAGGCUAUCGAGCACGCGACGUUCUUGAUCUGAUUGACAAGGGGGAACGCCUUAAACAACCCCCGAUCUGUACUAUAGAUGUUUACAUGUUGUUACUCAAAUGUUGGGUUAUCGACCCAGCAGCUAGACCACGAUUUUCAUAUCUUGUCGAAGAAUUUGGAAAGAUGGCGCAAGAUCCACAGCGAUUUGUAGUAAUAGAGAAUGAUGACGAGAAGCAACUUCCAGUAUUUAAUAGGGAAGAAUUUUACAGUGAUUUCUUCUGCGAUGAUAAAGAUACUGUGGAAGGUGGUGAACACAAAAACAUGAUGAACCUGAUCGACGCAGAUGAUUACCUCACACCAAUGGAGAUUUCUACUGAUGGUAUACUACCACCAGGUGAGGCUGAGUAUGUCAAUGAGGAACCUGUUAAUCAUUAUCAGGAUCUGAUCAAAGCCAAAAUGGAAGAGUCUGAAGAUGAAUUGGAAUCAGGAAUACAUAGAAGUGAUAGAAUGAAUGAAGAUGCUCCACCGGCUCCACUCAACCCUGUGAAUAUCGGUGAAUACAUUGGGUUAUCGGAGGUCACAGGAGACUCGAUGGCGAUUGGUCCUCACAUCGAUAAUCCAGAGUACCAUUCACUAGCGGUGCUCCAACCCAGUCCGACUCUGCAAAGCAAGAAUCCAUGGGAUCGUAAACCGACAGGACCAAAGGAAUAUAAAAAGGCACACAAAACACCACAGAAAAAAGGUGCUCAAAGUGAAAGGUACGAAGAAACUGACUUCCUGAGCGAUGAUCCCCUUCUUAUGACUAGACCUCGUGCCAUUUCAAACGUGUACGUUGAUGACCAAAUGCAAGUUAUGUCAAAACCAGAAGAAACGCGUUUAAUGAAUGGUAGGACAGAGUCAUCAGUCUGAGACCUACCAAGAAUAAUUUGCAACACAAGACUGGCGUAGUAUAGUGAUGACUUCUUGUAAUAAAGAUUUCAAGAUUAACAAAGUUUGAUACUGCAAGAAAUGGACAAAGGUUGAAAACGUUUUGAAAAAUUUUGUAGACUGAAAAUUUAUAUUUAGAAGCUUUAAAAAAAUCAAGGCAUGAGUAAAGAGUUCAGGUAAUAAAUUGGUGAUACUGUUAUAUAGCUGAACGUAAUUGUAAGAACACAGGUUGCAGUACAAAGUAAUGUGUUACAGUUGACUGAAAAAUGCAGAACAUAACCUACCUGAUUUUUGAAAAGGAAUGUGAUUGCUUAAUACCUAAUAAUAUGUUAGUGUGAAGCUUCCCAUUUUUAAAUUUUAAUGUUGUUCAAUAAAGAGUUGAAAUAGAUUAAAUUUUUUUUAUAAGAUAUCUUGUAAAGUUUUAGGUUGAAAAUGUUUAUUAUAUUGAACCUUGUGUAUAUAAAAUGUGUAUGAAAAUUAAGGGAUGAAAAUGUAUUUACAAUGUAACUCCAAAUUGUACAUAUUAAAACCUUGUUAAAUGUGUUAACUUGUAUACAAAAUCAUUAAUCAAUUGUUAUUAUUGGCUCAUAAUCCAUUAAUCUUCAUUUGUACGUAUGCAUUAUUAUUAUUUAUUUAUUUAUUUAUUACAGAUUUGACAAUUAUAUGAACGAAUUUUUCAACAUUGAAGUAUUGCAUAGGCUAUGAGCCCAAAAUGUGGUAAUUCCUGGUCUGAUGUUUUGCUGAAACAGUGAUACAUAAUUACAUAUAAAUAUUGAAUAAUAGGUGUAUCUAAUUUUGGUUACUCCAGAUAAUACAAUAUUUCAAAGGCAAAUGUGAGUGGAUUGCCUAUAUGCAGUGGCGGCGCCAGGGGGUGGGGGGUCAGCAAGGGCUUAAGCCGCCAUUGCCUGUAUGUUGGAGAAUUUAGAAUACAUCAUAUGGGCUAUAAAUUCCCCUCCAAUAAAAAACGAGCACCAAAUUCUAGAAACUCUCGAUCCAACCUCCAGUGGAAAUACAAUUAUUUUGAUUAUUUAAAUUGUUACUAUUGUUAUUAUUGCUAAUAUUGUUAUUAUUUAUUUUUAUUGUCCUUAUUAUUGUUGUUAUUACCACAUUUUUGGCUAAUUCAUCCAAACUGGUCUAGUGUAUUUUCAUUGUCUUAAGAAAUGAUUGUUAUUAUUGUUGUUAUCAUUAAUAUUGUUAAUAUCAUCACAUCUAAUAAUUCAUCCGAACUGGCAUUAUUAUAUCUAACAGUUAGUAUACAAUUUAUAUAUUCAGAUAUAUGUAAUGUACAACUUUGGCAUUAAUGUCAAAUAAUUCAAAAAACACAUCUCUCGUUUGCUAUUUGAAUGCAGCUAGAAUUUUAAUCAUCAUUGACAACACCCAGUUAAAAAAAAAAGAAUCCCACAUGAGAUUAUAAAGAAUUAACGUAAAAUGAGAUUUUAGCUUCCGUACGUUUAAGUUGUGCAAUACGGUUGGUCUUUCAAAAUGCAAAAUAGCGCAUAACUAACACGGAUUGUAUGGUUUCCUCCUUCAAUACCAAUCAUUGCAUAUAACAAUUCGCCAUUAACAAUUAAUUUAGUUUAUGCAAGUCAAUAAUUGUGGUUAGCUAUGUCAUCAUGCUUUUCCAAUGACUGUUUUUCAUUGGUUCUGAUUGGAUAGCACAAAUUUUCUACUUUUUAUCUUUGUCAGUGAUUGGCUAAAACACUCAUUGGUUUUUUUGCAUCUUGUUGAUUGGCUUAAAUGAAUACUAGUUUUAUUUUCAAUGAUUGAAGAAAGAAAAUCUGAUAUUUUUUGCUUUUUACUGGUUGGCUGAAGUGAACACUGGCUUUCAUUUUGCUUUCCUCUAAGAUGAACACAGUCUUUGUUUUGCUUCUUAUUGUCAAGUACAGUAUACAUACCUCUAGUUGGAUAUACUAGAACAUUAUUAGUAAGCCUGGACACGCACUGCCAGUAUAUUACAUGUAAUUACCUGUAGUUUUAAGUAUACUUUUAUUUGAAUUAUGCAACUAACAUAUGAUAAUAUAUUAUUAGUUAUAGUUCUUCAUGUAUAAUGUCAUUAUCUCUACUUAAUCAAUGUUAGUGAAAUUUUAGUUGGUUAUAUAUAUAUUUGUAUCGGUAUAUGCAAUUUUCAUUAUUGUUAUUUUCUGGAUAAGGUGGAUAUUAUUGAUGUUGUUUUGAUUGUGAUGUAGUUUAAUGGAUGUCUUUUGUCAGUUUUUAUAACCUUGCCCACAUUGCUUCUCCAAAUUUAAUGGAAUUGAGUUUUGAUAGCACAUCCACAAAAUUGAUAUUAAAAGAUUCUGUUAUCAGAUUUUAAUAAUGAUCCUUUUCAAGUACAGAUUUAGCAAUAUAACUUGAAAAUUGGGACAAAGGGGAAAAAGGUUAAACAAAUUCUAUAUAAAAUACUUGUUGAAACUCAUGAAUAAUUUAAUUUAGGCAUAUAGCCCGGGGAUUACCAAUAGUCAAUAUAUCACAGACUUACAAGAGAAAAAUCUCAUAUAUUUGACAGAAUUACCCAAAGAUAUGCUACUAAUAGAUUCAUCAUGAUUUGAUAAAACAAAGUAUUUUUAAUACUUUUAUAUUAAGAAUUUGAAUAAUAUUAAUCUGUCUUCCUGAUGUUAUUUCUUUAAAGUUUUAAGAGAGUGUUUUUCUGAUAAAGUUUCUCUUGCCAUGAUUUGACACUUUCACACUUAAAUAAAGUUAUUAGGAUGUAUAAUUCAUUAACACCUGGUUGAAUCCAUAAACACAUCUGGUGUAAUCCAUGAGCAAAACUGGUGUAAUUCACAAGCAAACCUGGUGUAAUUCAUGAGUGAACCUGGUGUAAUUCACGUGCAAGCCCAUUGGAAUUCAUGAGCAAACCUGGUGUAAUUCAUGAGCAAACCUGGUGUAAUUCAUGAGCAAACCUGGUGUAAUUCACAAGCAAACCUGGUGUAAUUCAUUAGUGAACCUGGUGUAAUUCACGUGCGCAAACCUGGUGUAAUUCAUGAGCAAACCUGGUGUAAUUCACAAGCAAACCUGGUGUAAUUCAUUAGUGAACCUGGUGUAAUUCACGUGCAAGCCUGUUGGAAUUCAUGAGCAAACCUGGUGUAAUUCUUGAACAAACUUCUUGUAAUUCAUGAGCAAACCUGUUGUAAUUCAUGAGCAAACCUGUUGUAAUUCAUGAGCAAACUGGUGUAACACAUGAGCAAACAUAUUUCAAUACAUAAGCAAACCUGGUGCUUGAUUUUAAUGUUCACUUUACACUCAAGACACUUUCCAUUUGGUAAAUGUUGUAAUCCUGCAAAUUUAACAAUUCGACUGCAAGUGUGUUUUGGGGGAUAUUAUUCUCUGGACAUAAUUUUUAAUAAAGUAGCAUUAUAUUUGAAGUACAUGUGACAAAGUCUUCAUUUUGAGCACUGUGUGAUUGCUAUCCAAUAUUUUACUAUUGCUAGAUCUUUAAUCAUAGGUUGGUAUAUGGUUAAAAUUACUGCUAUAUUUAUAUGUAAAUAUGACUUGCUAAUGAUAUCUAUUUGGAAGCAGUGUUCAUUUAAUAAAAUAUGAAAUAUGUAUUUAA